UUGGAGUCCAAAACACCCGGAGGGCCGAAGUUUGCCCGUGCCUGCUUUCGAUGCAUUGUUGUGUGCCUUCAAGUUGUCUCUGACCUAUGGCAACCCUAAGGUGAACUUAUCAAAGGUUUGGCCUGAUUUGUUUGCCUUUGGCUCCCUCUGAGGCUGAGAGAGUGUGGUUUGCCUAAGAUCAUGCAUUGGGUUUCCAUGGCAGGCUGGGCAUUGGAAUCCUUGCCUCUGGAAUUGUGAUCCAGCAUUCAAACUACCACCUCACCUGGGUUCAGUUUCUUGUGUGAAGAAAUAAUUGCAGGACGAGUUAGGUGACAUGGCUGAGAAAUAAGGGAACCUAUUUAUUUGUUCAUCCUUCUCGGUCGGUCUGUUUUGUAAUCUUCUGAUCUCAUAUUUCGUACCAGCCAAUUUGACGUGUGAAUCUUUAGUACAUAGGAAAAGAGAUUCCACCUAAAAAUCAGGAAGAACAUCCUGAGCGACUAUUUCCAAGACACUGUGCUCUUUUCUGAAGUUCCAAGAUGCUACACAAUGCAAGAUUGUGUUCUUCCGAUGUGACCAAUCUAGUGCCUUUGGUUUAAGAGAGUGACUACUCUGAUGUGCAUCAGAUCUUCACUGUGUCUUCUCUGCAAGAGGUAACAAUGAUUUGGCCUCAACCACGAACUUGCUGGUGUUGGCAGGAGAGACCCAGUUGGAACUGGAGGUGAUGUGGGCAGCCAAAGGAUUCUGAGCCAGCCGCCAUGGGUUUCAGGCUUUUAGCCUGUCUCUUCAACCUGCCUGUUGCUGUCAUCUAUGGUUCCUUGUCGCUUUUUAUUUCUAUUCUGCACAAUGUAUUUCUCCUUUACUACGUGGACACCUUUGUUUCUGUAUACAAGAUUGAUAAACUUUCCUUUUGGAUUGGAGAGACAGUGUUCUUGAUCUGGAAUAGCCUCAAUGACCCUCUCUUUGGCUGGCUGAGCGACCGAGCUUUCCUUAGCACACAACAAUCUGGAGUAGAGAUCUCCAAUCCAGAAGUGAUCUUAAAGAGAUUGAAAGCACUGAGCCAGAAUGGACCCCUCUUUGCUAUAUCAUUCCUGGCUUUUUGGAUUGCGUGGGCCCAUCCAGGCUUGCAAUUUCUCAUCUGUCUCUGCCUGUAUGACAGUUUCCUUACUAUGGUGGAUCUCAACCAGAAUGCCUUGCUUGCGGACCUUGCUGUAUCUGCGAAGGACAGGACUGGUCUCAACUUCUAUUCUUCACUCUUCAGUGCCAUUGGUUCCCUCUCUGUAUUCAUGUCCUAUGCUGUGUGGAACAAAGAGGACUUCUUCUCCUUCCGAAUAUUUUGUGUGGUGCUGGCUUUUUGCUCGGCCAUUGGAUUUACAGUGGCCACAUGGCUGCUGAGACAAAGAUUUCAGACUGAGGGACGAGUGAAGUGGGAUGAAAAUGCAGCUUUAAAAGAACUGUAUGUUGACCAUCCCUCUGGACAUCAAGAGAAGAGGAUCACUCUGGCUGAGUACCUCAAGCAACUGUCCAAGCACCACAACUUUCUCUGGUUUGUUUCCAUGAACCUUAUACAGGUUUUUCACUGCCACUUUAACAGCAAUUUCUUCCCGCUCUUCCUUGAGCAUCUGCUGUCUGAUCGCAUCUCACUUUCAAUGGGAUCAUUCCUGCUAGGUGUUUCCUAUGUUGCUCCUCAUCUCAACAACCUCUACUUCCUCUCUCUUUGCCGGAGGUGGGGAGUAUAUGCCGUGGUGCGAGGACUCUUCUUCCUGAAGUUGUUGCUUAGUGUGAUUAUGCUCCUUGCUGGACCAGACUCAGUUUACCUGCUUUGUUUCUUCAUAGCUAGCAACCGUGUUUUCACAGAAGGGACGUGCAAACUGCUGAACUUGGUGGUUACCGACCUGGUAGAUGAAGACUUGGUGCUGAAUCGUAGGCAGCAGGCUGCCUCAGCCCUUUUGUUUGGCAUGGUUGCCUUGGUAACAAAACCUGGCCAGACCUUUGCCCCCUUGAUUGGCACCUGGCUGCUGUGUUCUUAUACUGGUUACGACAUCUUUCAACGGCAUCCCCUGAGCAACACGGUGAGUGCUCAACCAAAGCUGGCUGCCAAUGCUGCCUGGGAGCCAACGCUACGUCAGGGGUGCUUCUACCUCCUUGUUUUUGUCCCCAUCACAUGUGCUUUACUCCAGCUUCUCAGCUGGUCACAGUUCACUUUGCAUGGUAGGCGCCUCCAGACAGUCAAAUCUCAGCGUCAAACCUUCACAGAAAUACAUUCCCAAGAGAUUAAAACCAUCUAGCUAUGAGUGAGCAGCAUGGUGAUUCUAAAAAGAAUGGUAAGAGCAAGGAGAAAAAGGAUAAUAGAUGCAUUCUUAAAAGGUUGGGGCUGAUUUGAGAAAAAUAAAAACUCAAGCUAUCUUGAACUCCCUGAAAUGCAGGUAUGCCUGGGGUCAGCCUUGAAGAGUUCCUGGUGACUUAAAAGCUUGCAACUUUUGAUGCCACCCAAAGGUGGUUCAGACAGUUAUCUCCUUGCCUUAAAAACCCAUGUCAACAGGUACUUGCUAAUCAUGCCAGUAUUUAUUUGUUUCCAGAGACAGCUGGCUUGCAAGAAAAGUGACCAGGUGGCAGAAUAUACAUACAAUGUGGGUGGGGAUGGGUCAGUAAUGUUUUAACCCUUCGACCAUAUCUUUUUCUAGAACUGUUUGCAGAUAGGAAUUGCUUGGGAUGGGAAUAGUACUCAUGUUCCCUCCUCUUACCACACUUACUGUAUGUUGUACUCACUUUCCCUCAACUUCUUUUCUAUUUACUGUGAACACAACUAGACUACCUUCAGUAUGUUAGACAACAAGAGUAUUCUGUACUUGCAGAACAGGGUCACUGUAUGAGGAAGAGACUUGCAGUGCUUUAAUUUAUCCUUUUUCACAAGAGUAUAAACACCAUCAAAUUCUUUCAGCACAAAUACAAUAAUGAAAUUGUGCUGGAAGGGUAGACUUUGGAGCAUGUUUAGGACUGGGAGGAAUCCUUCUCACAUUGAAAUCUGAGGCCAACAACUGGCCAAUGCUUAGAUUAAACAUGUUGUGUAAAUUGCAGUUUUCAAUAACUGUUAGAUUGAUUGACUUUCUGAAAAAAAAGUCUACACUUCUUUAUUUGGGACUGUCAUCUUUUAAUUCCUGCUGCAGCAGUUUUUAAAAUGGCACAAGAAGAUCUAACUGUGCAUGCAAGAGAUCAGUUGUAUUUAUACAGGUGGUCUAGUUUUGCUACUUUUCCAUGAGAGUACAGUAUGGGGCUCACUCACCCACAGAAACCUCUGGGCCUGGAGGAAGGAUUUAUUGCCUGCAAGUUCAGGUUAAAGCACAGUAUCAGGUACAAGUAGCAGUUGAUCAUUUCCUCUCUCAUAGAUUAUGACCAAUUGAGGUAUUAGAAGUCGACUGUGUAAUUCUUGCAGGCUACUCAGGGGUCAGUUUACCUGUUUUGGCCUACUUCUGCAAGUAAUGAAAGGUAAGCCAAAAAUCCUCUGCUUGUUCUGUUCUCAUUUGCUGACGAGAGGAUUUAUAGAGUUCCAGGCUUCCUAGAUGUGAUUUUGGUGUGUCUCUAGGGAACUGAGAAUCAUAUACUACCAUCAGCAAGUUGAGACCAGGAAGACAUCUUAUACUAAAUCCUUUAAUGAAAUAAAAGGGGAAACAAUAUGUGACAACCCUCAUUCUUUGCUCGUAGUCCAAUACCCUUUUCAAUGUUAUUAUAGAAAAAUGAACAAAUGAACCAGAGCACCUUGGGACCAAAAUACAACCAUCUCUUUGUAUGUUGAAGCACAUGUCACUUCUGGAGUUUUCCAUUUUGUUAGGCAAUUACUUGGGUAACAGCUGAGAAAUGAUUGAGGUAAUGAUGGUAAAUUGUUUACAAUCUAAACUUUUGUGUCUGUUGAAGACUAAACUGUAAUUUAUUCAUAUCAUUUCAUUAAAAUUUAAUUCUUUUUUUGAAA